AUGAACCAACAGCAGAAAAUCCUAAUCCAUUACCAGCGACAGUUGCAAAGAUUCCUAAAGACCAUAAAAGACAGCAAUGAUGUAUUGAUGAGGACUCAAGCACUGAGAAAACGUCAAAAACUUACCUGUUUCACUGCUACUGAUGAUAAAUCACUCACUGGACAAAUUGGUCAUAAAAAUGCUAAUAGUCAUCAAGAAAUUCAAUUAAAUAUCGAUUUAACUUCUGAGCUCGAGAAUUACAAUAAUUUUGUAGAUCCAAAUAGUGCAGAGCUCGUUGUUGAACCACUUAUGCAAAUAGUUAUAACAAGUGAUGCUAAAAGUCAAACAGAAGAAGAUACGGAAAUUAAACAAUUAAAAAAGUGCAUUGAAUGCCUAGAGAAAAAAUUUGAGAGUGUAGCCUUCGAUGUCGACUCAUGA